AUGGAAUUCUCUACUCUCGAAGCGCGUCUUGCAACCUUCGGGCCUCCCUCCAAACGCUCAAAAUUAGGAUGGCCACACAAAACACCCACACCCCAAGAUCUUGCCAAAGCCGGAUUUUACUAUAAACCCUCGAGUACAAGCAAUGAUAACACCAUCUGCUACUUGUGCGGCCGAAGCCUCGAUGGAUGGGAGACCGACGAUGAUCCGGUGGAAGAGCAUCUGAAACACUCAAGUGACUGUGGUUGGGCUAUAUUGAUGAGCGCUGAACAAGAUGGAAAUUUGGACACAAACACCAUGGAAGACCCCACUGGGCCACAAUUCGCAGACGCCCGACGAGCUACAUUUUCAAUAGGAUGGCCACAUGAAUCGAAGCGUGGCUGGACAUGCAAGACCGAGAAGAUGGUGGAGGCUGGCUGGCAUUAUGCGCCAACCCAGGAGAGCGACGAUUUUGUUAGUUGUGUUCAUUGCAAGCUGUCUCUCGAUGGCUGGGAACCCAAGGAUAAUCCUUUCGAUGAGCACUAUCGCAGAUCACCUAAUUGUCCCUUUUUCCACUUCGCAGGUACAACCCCGCCGUCAAAGCGGCCCAAAGCAAAGAAGGGUCGGGCGUCGAAAGUGUCUCGCGCCUCAAAAGCCUCGACCCGAUUGUCUUCUCAAUCCCAUACGACGACGCUUUCUGAAGCUCCCAGCGUCAAUGACAUUCCAGACCUUGACGAAUCCAUAGACACAAGCGCUACAUCAGUAAUGUCAACCGUGUCAACAACUUCCACGACAACUACAAAGGGCAAGCGGAAGGGAACUGGAGGCAAAAAGCAGACGACAAAGUCCAAACGAGCUAGGACGACAAGAUCAACUAGGGCGAAGAAAGGUGAACCUGAGCCCAAGACAGCGGAGGAAGAGGAGAUCUCGGCAGAGAUCUCGGCCGAGCAAUUACCAGCACAGACUGAACAAGCAGUCCGUUCAGAACAUCGAGCAUUACCGAGCCCGGAACUCAGUCCAAAUGCUGAAGUAGCAUACCCAACUAUAUCCAACAGCCCAGGCGUGUCAAAUGUGAUUGGACGUUUAAGCCCCCUAGGGGCUCCUCCACAGUCGUCACCCACACCGGUGAAAACAAACCCACCCGCAUUUGCAACUCAGUCGACAGCAACACCUCAGCCAUCCAGCAAAUCACAGGACCAUCGCUCUCCCGCUCCAACAAGUUCUUCACCCUCGUCAGACAUCGAAAAUGCUCCUCCCAGCACUCGUCCCGCCUCCGCCCGCCCGCCACCACAUAAACAAGCUGUAUCUGACGCGUUCUCACCUGGGGAUCCCAUCCCUUUGUGGACCCCUAGCGAGGUCGAAUUGAUCUUCCGACCCACAACGCCACAACCAGCAGACCUCCUCGCCCUCACAGGCGGAACGCUAAGUACAGAGGAGAAAUCCAUGACGGUGCCGGAGUGGAUCAAGUUCGUGGCAGAACAGGCGGAGGUGAGUUUGCGGGCUGAGGCUGAGCGUGUCGUGGGCAUUUUUGAGCGCGAGGGACAGAGAGCAAUGGGUGUUCUUGAAGAGAUUGUUUGUGUUUGA